UGCAUGUAAAUGCCCCAAAUAAGAAUAAAAUUCCCGCACCGACUGCGCUUCCAUCUUCCUCGUCUUCUUCUUCUUUCCCCCCUGCUCUGCUUAUUCUCUCAAAGUCAACCUUUUCCUUUCUGUACACGUUGAAAACGACCACAGAACUCCCUGCAAACCAAUGUAGAAAAACAGAAAAGGCGCGCAGCUUCCUUCCCCUCUCCAUCCCCUCUUCUACCCCCCUUCAUCCACUAAUCUCCACUUCGCCACCUUCCCCCAAUCUCCAAAAACCCCAUCUUUUCAAUUUUCUGUCCAUCCUCUUCCCAACAAUCCCUCCCAAUCAUGCUCCCCGGUAACCACUGGGGCGGGCCAUUAGAGAUCCACGGCGACGAACCCGCCGACGACGAACAAAGCCGCAACCUUGAUCUCGAUCCCCACGCCCUCGGCCGCCGGCAAUACCUCGACGAAACGCAGCAGAGCUGGCUUUUAGAACCACAGCUGGCUAAGAAGCGAAAGAACAAGUAUGUUGACUUAGGCUGCUUUGUCUGCAAACGCAAACUCCUCUGGUGGAUUCUCUGGGCCGCGCUCGCCUCCUUCGUCCUCAUCGGAGUUCCCAUAAUCAUAUCCAAAUCCUUGCCCAAACACAAGCGAGCUCCGCCGCCCCCCGACGAGUACUCCAAAGCGCUGCAUAAAGCUCUGCUUUUCUUCAACGCCCAAAAAUCGGGAAGAUUACCGAAGAACAAUGGGAUUUCAUGGCGAGGGGACUCGGGGCUGAGAGACGGGGUGGGAGAGACAGAGCUGAAGCAUGGAUUGGUGGGAGGGUAUUACGAUGCCGGAGAUAAUAUAAAGUUCCAUUUUCCGAUGGCUUUCUCCAUGAGUCUGCUGAGCUGGUCGGUGGUGGAGUAUAGCAGCAAAUAUAAGGCGCUGGGAGAGUAUGAUCAUGUCAGAGACAUCAUUAAAUGGGGGACUGAUUAUCUUCUCCUCACCUUCAAUUCCUCUGCUACAAACAUUGACAAGAUUUAUGCGCAGGUGGGCGUGGCGAAGACCAACUCCACCACCGCCGACGACCACUACUGCUGGCAACGUCCGGAAGACAUGUCGUACCCCCGCCCCGUCAUCUCCGUCACCUCCGCCCCUGAUCUCGCCGCCGAAAUCUCCUCCGCCCUGGCCUCCGCCUCCAUCGUUUUCCGCGACAAUCCUUCCUACUCCUCCCGCCUCCUCCGCGCCGCCUCCACCGCCUUCAAAUUCGCCCGCAGCGCCUCCCGCCGCUCCCCCUACUCGCGCAACAACCCCGACAUCUCCUCCUUCUACAACUCCUCGGGCUACUGGGACGAGUACAUGUGGAGCGCCGCCUGGAUGUAUUACGCCACCGGGAACUCGAGUUUCGCCACCUUCGCCACCGAUCCCCGGCUGCCGAAGAACGCGAAGGCCUUCGGGAGCUUGCCGGACCUCGGGGUGCUCAGUUGGGAUAAUAAGCUCCCGGCGGCGAUGCUGAUUUGGACGAGGUUCAGGAUUUUUCUGAACCCCGGCUAUCCGUACGAGGAGUCGCUCCGGGGUUAUUUUAAUGCUACCGGGCUUAAUAUGUGCGCUAAUCUUAGAAGGUUUAAUGUCUUCAAUUAUACAAAAGGUGGGAUGCCGGAGCUGAAUCAUGGCCGGCCACAACCGCUGCAGUAUGUAGUGAACGCGGCUUUUCUGGCUAGUUUAUACGCGGAUUAUAUGGACGCCACGAAGGUACCCGGCUGGAAUUGCGGCCCUUAUUACUUCUCCACUGACGUUCUUCGCUCUUUCGCCGCUUCCCAGAUCAACUAUGUUCUCGGAGAUAAUCCGCGAAAGAUGAGCUACGUGGUUGGCUACGGCCGGAACUACCCUCGCCAUGUCCACCACCGCGGGGCUUCCAUCCCGCACAACGGAGUCAAGUAUUCCUGCACUGGUGGCUGGAAAUGGCGCGACGCCAAGACGCCUAACCCAAACACCAUUACCGGCGCCAUGGUCGGCGGGCCUGAUAAGCACGACGGCUUCUCCGACGUUCGCACAAACUAUAAUUACACGGAGCCGACGCUGGCCGGCAAUGCCGGCCUCGUUGCUGCUCUGAUUUCACUCACUGCCACCGGAGGGUCUGGAAUUGAUAAAAAUACUAUCUUUGCGUCUUUGCCGCCGCUCUUUCCGGCGGCGCCGCCGCCUCCUCCGCCGUGGCAGCCUUAAGAUUUAUUAAUUCUUUCUUUCCUUUUCUAAAAAGUUGAAAAAAUUUGUUCAUUAGCA